UUGUGUGCGCCNCUGUUGCUAGAAGCUGGGGAUAUUCCCAGUUUGAUGAACGAAAUUCCUGCAUUAGCUGAAAAUUUGCAACAUUCCCGUUUUGACUGGCAAUAUAAAACAGUACCUCAAACUCAUUCUUUCUUGGGUAUGAAGGAUAAGAGAAGCACUUGGAUUCGUGGGAAAGCAUUAGGAGGAAGCAGUUCUAUUAAUAACAUGUUUUAUUUGCGUGGAAAUAAAAAAGAUUAUGAUGAAUGGGCAAAAGCAGGUGCUACUGGAUGGAGUUGGAAAGAAGUUCUUCCAUAUUUUUUGAAAUCUGAAGGAAAUACUGAUCCAAACUUUUUUAAUAAAGAAUACCACAACAGUGAAGGCGAAUUAACUGUAUCGUCUGUAAUUCCAAAUAACACCAUAACAAAUGCCAUUCUGGAAGCAGGAAUACAGUCUGGUUACGAUAUUGUAGAUUUCAAUGGUCCCAAACAAACAGGAUUCGGUCUUCAGCAAGGAACAAUUAGAAAUGGUAAAAGGUGCAGCUCGGAAACAGCAUUUUUACGUUCUGCGGCUGGAAGACCUAAUUUAAAAAUAAUCACGAAAGCCUUCGUUACAGAAAUUUUAAUCAAUUCAGAAAAAGUUGCAACCGGUGUAAAAUUUCACUAUAAAAACGAAAGUAGAAUUGUUAAAGUUAGGAAAGAAAUUAUUAUUUCUGCAGGCGCAAUUAAUACGCCUCAGUUAUUGAUGCUAUCAGGAAUAGGACCAGCUGAACAACUUAAAAGUUUAUCU